AUGGCCGCGACGCGCGGCCCGCAGCUGCAAGACGAAAAGCCGCAGGACCGCCCGGCGGCCGUCUCAGGUGCCAAGAAAGCGAAGCGGCGCGGGCGACGGAGCCCGGCGACGGCGACGCGGCCACCGCGCCUGCGCGAGAGCGGGGCUUCCCGGGACACAAUGGGAACUACAGUGGUCAGCAAUGGUUGCCUCAAAGAAAAACAGGACCGGCCCCUGGAGAAGGCGCCUGACGAGGAGGCGAGGGAGGCUGAGACGCCCGGCCCGAGGCCAGACAGCAUCCAGGUCCCAGCGGCGCCGGCGGUCGCCCUUCGUCCACGCCCAGGCCCCGAGUUGCCUGGUCCUGCUGACUCCGAGCCCAGAAUGGCUUGUGCAGACAUCCUGCAUUCGCGGGUCCCAGAGCAGCCCCAGCCCAUCUCCGCAAGAGCCACAUCCCCCUCCGCCAAGGCCGCAGGCCCGACAAGGGGGCACUGGGGCUCCGCGGAUGGCGACUUGGAGUGCUUGGUGUGCCGGGAGCCCUACAGCUGUAACCGGCCGGCCAAGCUGCUGGGCUGCCAGCACUCCUUCUGUGCCGUCUGCCUCAAGCUCCUGCUGUGUGUCCAGGACAACACCUGGUCCGUCACCUGCCCCUUGUGCCGCCAGGCCACCUCUGUCCCCGGGGGCCUCAUCUGCAGCCUGCGCGACCAGGAGGCCGUGGUGGGGCUACUGGGCCGGCCGUGGCCGGAGGUGCGGCUGUGUCCGCAGAGACUGGCAGAUUCCGCCCCCUUGGCGGCAGGGCACCCCGGCGUUGCAGGAGAGGAUGAGCAGGACGAGGCGAACGCCAACCGCGUGGCCGCCCGGCGCCUGGCCGUGCACUUGAUCCUGCUGGUCUUGCUCAUUGUCCUCAUUCUGCCCUUUGUCUACCCGGGCGUCAUCCAGUGGGUGCUUGCCUUGGUGAUCGCCUUUGCCCUGCUACUGUCCUUGGUCUUCUGCUGUCACGCCAGCAGCCAGGGCAGCUGCUGUCCCUCCCCCGGGACUGUUUUCUGCCGAGGACGGAAACACAGCGAGAUCUCUUCCAUCGCCUAAGCACGCCCUGAAGAGACGGCACCUGCUGCCUCUUGGGCCCUGUUAGGCUCACAGCGACCAGGUGA